CUCCCACGCCAGCACUGCACCUUCCUGAACCCUCACUAUAAUCAGUCAGUAGCCCUUCACAUUGACCAGCGGCUGCAGCCGAUGGACCACUUGCACCAGGCUCGCUUGGUUGCGCAUAACCUCUCCCAGGUCCUUGUACGCCGUGGGGGCCUCGUCCCUGACUUUUGGGUUCGUGUCGCACACAAUGCCCUUCAUCGACUGCACAAACUCACGCUGAUCGACACACCGACACACACACACAGGUGAGCGGUUUGUUGGCUUUGGAGGCUUAUUCACUCACUUGUGAGAUGUGCUUGACGGCGGCUGUGCGGGACAUCCUGCGUCCUGCCCCGUGUGAGCAUGACUGCCAGCUGAGUGAGUUGCCCUUGCCCUCCACGAUGUAUGUGCCCGUGCCCAUCGACCCGGGGAUGAUGCCCAGCUCCCCUGCACGGUCAGACACACACAGGCCCGGGCCGAACACACGUGUGUGUGUGUGUGUGCGUGCGGUGCGGUGUGCUGCUGUCGUUCCUACCCGCCUUUGCUGACGUGGCGCCCUUGCGUGUGACGUAGAGAUCCUCAGUCCGCUUCUCACCUGAGCACCACAGCACACAAGUCACGGGCCUGUGUGGCCGGGAGGUGUGUGUAUGUGUGUGUGCGUGUGUGUGUGUGUGUCGGGAGGUGUGGGUGUCCACCUGUGUGAGGGUCGGUGUAGGUGCAGGUUUCGCAUGUGCAGUAGUUGUGGUGGAUGUUGACCGUCGACGACCAGUCCGGCACCUUCCGAGUCACCUCCUGCAUCACCUGCAUCAAUCGCAUCAAUCGGGGACGCCGGCCAUUCAUUCCUCGGUCGUGGCACUGACACGACACACCUCAGUGAUUGAUCGACAUGACAUACAUACCCUUGCGAAGGCCUUGAUCAUGAAGGAGCGGUUCAUGAAGGCGUAGGCCUGGCAGAAACGCAUGUCGGCUAGGUAGUCCUGGCCCUCCUUGGUGUCCAGGUACAGAAAACUCAGACCUGCACCCAUUCAUCCGGCCAUCCAUCCAUCGGUGAGAAUGCACACACACUUUCUCCGGCUCUCUCCCUCCCCUGCUGACUGACUGACCUUCUUUUGUGCCGCCCGUCUGCUUGGCCGCCAGUUGGUCGUAGUGCCGGGCGGUGAUGUUGCCGAUGUUCCUGCUGCCCGAGUGCAGCAGCAUCCAAACAUUAUCGCUCUCGUCGUAGACCAGCUCGAUGAAGUGGUUCCCGCCGCCUAGCGUCCCCAGCUGCAGCGUGUGUCUCCUGUCAAAGGUGUCCCGUAUCCACGACGUCGGCUCACGCUCGGACAUCAGCGACUUGGUCGCCUCCCGCGCCCCUGCUGGCUCUCUGUCAUGGGAGUCAAACCCUGUGGACAGACAGCAGCCGGAUGAUAAUGCAGCGCAGCAAUGGUGUCACCUUCACCGCACCUACCCGUUGGAAUGCUCAUCUUCAGCCCCUUCUGUAUCUUUGCGAGCUGCCCGUCGGUGAGGUGGCUUCGCUUGAGGCCGCGGAGGGGCACAGCGCACAUCCCGCAGCCGAUGUCCACACCCACGGCGUUGGGGCAGAUGGCGUCCCUUGCUGCAUGAGCGGGUCGACACACACACAGUCACACACGAACACACACAGGGAGGGAGGUAUUUAUGCGCCGUGCCGCUGCAGCCAGGAAUCUUUUCUCCAGGACGGGACGGCUGCUUGCGUACUUGCGAAGACUGAUCCGAUUGUGGCGCCUUUACCGAGGUGCACAUCCGGCAUGGCCGCCACGAAGCCCACCACAAAGGGCUUCUCCGCAAGGGCCACCAGCUGCCGAUACGUGGCGUCAUCAUAGUCACUCGUGUAGCUGACACACACCCGCACAGACCACACACACACACACACACACACAGAGAGAGAGAGAGGGAGGGAGUGACCACGUGUGUGUUCGGAAUGUGUGCCUCAGGCGAGUGCCCCUCCCUCAGCCUCUCACAUGUACACAGGGACGCCCCUGGUCUCCACGACAAUCGGCAACUCCAACUCCCCAUCCCCCAGCUGCCGUCCACCCCGCUCUUGAGCACUCUCCCUCUUCACCAUGGCACGGCCCUCCUCCCGUCCGGCCACUUCGACUUCCACCUCCACCUCCAUCCCAUCGUCCUCGACGGCAUCGUCAUUGCAGGUCUUGAAGUUCGUGGUCGGCUCGUCCUCUGCUGCCAGCAGUCGGUCUCUCUCACUCGCAAUGGACGAGGUGCCGUGAUGCGCGGGCUGCCGACGGCGGUGCUGAUGAUUGUGGGAGGAGUAGUGCCGGUGGUGACACAGUCCACAAUAGGGCGGCGGGAAGGCGCUGAUGGGAUGGGUGGUGGGGAGAUGGAGGCAUCUGAUGAACUGCUCAACCGCAGCUUGAGCCGGGUGUUUGUGAUACGACCGGGAGUCGGCAAUAAGACUCCUGGCGGACGAAAUCUGAUGCCACGGACGCUGAAUGCGCUGCAUCAGUAGACGUGGGCGUGGCUCACCUUUUAGUUUCCUGCGAGCUUAGAAAUGGCGAGCUCAU